GGACACAGUACAGGGGAUGACCAGAGACUGCGGACCAUUCACAAAAAGCACCGCUUCUUGCUCACUUGGCACCCAGCUGUCCGCCGAGGGCCGACACUACAGAAGCCGGGAGACAGCGCGCCGCUGGAUAGAGGAACAGGUAAGAUCAAAGAACAACUUCGCGGAAGUAAGAGCGAGUACCUGUCAAAUUCAGGUACUCGCUCCCCAAAGGUCAGCAGUCAUCUCUAUAAGGUCCCGCUGCAGAGCUGAGCGGCUGGCCCGGUAUUCUGACACGGCGGCGGUGGAAAUACCGGACCUGCCG